GGCGGAGAAGAUGGCGCCGCCGCCGGACGCUGAGCUGAGCUGAGCUGAGGAGCCGCGCGUGCUGAGCGGGACCGGGCCGGGCCGUGCGGCGGGGAGAGGCCGGGCGAGGGCGGCGGGGCCGGGCUAUGCGGCAGCGGCUGCUCCCUGAGCUGAGGCGGGCUCUGCUGAGCUGCGCGCGUCCCUGGGCCGCCCCGGCCUCACAGUUCACCUCUCAGCGCGGCUUUCUCGGUCUUCAGAAGGAGACAAAUAACAAAAUGAACAAUCCUGCUAUUAAGAGAAUAACAAAUGAAAUUAUCAAAUCACCUGAGGAUAAACGGGAAUAUCGUGGACUGGAGUUGGCAAAUGGCAUUAAAGCACUUCUCAUUAGUGACCCCACCACGGAUAAGUCUUCAGCAGCACUUGAUGUGCACAUAGGGUCUUUGUCUGAUCCGCCCAACAUUGCUGGACUUAGUCAUUUUUGUGAGCAUAUGCUGUUUCUGGGAACCAAGAAAUACCCAAAAGAGAAUGAAUAUAGUCAGUUUCUCAGCGAGCAUGCAGGGAGCUCCAAUGCUUUCACCAGUGGAGAGCAUACAAACUAUUACUUUGAUGUGUCACAUGAACAUCUAGAAGGUGCACUGGACAGAUUUGCCCAGUUUUUCCUGUGCCCUUUGUUUGAUGAAAGCUGCAAAGAUAGGGAAGUGAAUGCUGUUGAUUCUGAGCAUGAAAAGAAUCUGAUGAAUGAUGCCUGGAGGUUGUUUCAAUUGGAGAAGGCUACUGGAAACCCCAAUCAUCCCUUCAGUAAAUUUGGAACAGGGAACAAACUCACUCUGGAAACUAGACCUACCAAAGAAGGAAUAGAUGUAAGACAAGAGUUACUGAAGUUUCAUUCUACUUAUUAUUCAUCAAAUUUAAUGGCUAUUUGUGUCUUAGGAAGAGAGUCCUUGGAUGAGCUGACUUCUCUAGUGGUGAAGUUAUUUUCAGAAGUGGAGAAUAAAAAUGUCCCUAUACCAGAAUUUCCUGAACAUCCUUUCCAGGAAGAACAUCUCAGGCAACUUUACAAAGUGGUACCUAUUAAGGACAUCAGAAAUCUUUAUGUCACAUUUCCUAUACCAGACCUUCAGAAAUACUAUAAAUCAAAUCCUGGCCAUUACCUCGGUCAUCUGAUUGGGCAUGAAGGCCCAGGGAGUCUUCUGUCAGAGCUUAAAGCCAAAGGAUGGGUGUAUACUCUUGUUGGAGGGCAGAAGGAAGGUGCUAGAGGUUUCAUGUUUUUCAUUAUUAAUGUGGACUUGACGGAAGAAGGACUUUUGCAUGUUGAAGAUAUUAUUUUGCACAUGUUUCAAUAUAUUCAAAAACUGCGUACAGAAGGACCUCAAGAAUGGGUUUUCCAAGAGUGCAAGGAUCUAAAUGCUGUGGCUUUCAGAUUUAAAGAUAAAGAACGUCCACGAGGUUAUACAUCAAAGCUUGGAGGAAUGCUGCAUUAUUAUCCUAUAGAAGAAGUAUUAGCUGCUGAAUAUUUGCUUGAAGAAUUCAGGCCUGAUUUAAUAGAGAUGGUACUGGAUAAACUGAGACCAGAAAACAUUCGAGUUGCAGUAGUGUCCAAGUCUUUUGAAGGAAAAACUGAUCGGACGGAAGACUGGUAUGGAACACAAUACAAGCAAGAAGCAAUUUCUGAUGAAGUUAUCAAGAAAUGGCAAAAUGCUGACCUGAAUGGGAAAUUCAAGCUCCCAAUGAAGAAUGAGUUCAUUCCUACUAACUUUGAGAUUUUGCCAUUGGAAAAAGAUGCAACACAGUACCCUGCCCUUGUCAAGGACACUGCUAUGAGCAAACUGUGGUUCAAGCAAGAUGACAAAUUUUUUUUGCCAAAGGCCUGUCUCAACUUUGAAUUUUUCAGUCGCUACAUUUAUGCUGAUCCUCUCCAUUGCAACAUGACAUACCUGUUUAUCAGGUUGUUGAAGGAUGAUUUAAAAGAGUAUACAUAUGCAGCACGCCUCUCAGGUUUGGUCUAUGGCAUUGCAUCAGGAAUGAAUGCAAUACUUCUCUCUGUGAAAGGUUAUAAUGACAAGCAGCAUAUCUUGCUCAAGAAGAUCAUUGAGAAAAUGGCUACUUUUGAGAUCGAUGAAAAAAGAUUUGAAAUUAUCAAGGAAGCGUACAUGAGAUCACUUAACAACUUCAGGGCUGAACAGCCUCACCAGCAUGCAAUGUAUUAUCUUCGACUCCUGAUGACAGAAGUUGCUUGGACCAAAGAUGAAUUGAAGGAAGCUCUUGAUGAUGUCACUCUUCCCCGCCUCAAGGCCUUUAUAUCUCAACUGUUGUCACGGUUACACAUUGAAGCUCUUCUCCAUGGCAAUAUAACAAAACAGGCUGCACUAGGAAUUAUGCAAAUGGUUGAGGACACUCUUAUUGAGCACGCUCAUACAAAACCACUCCUUCCCAGUCAGCUUGUGAGAUACAGAGAAGUGCAACUUCCUGACAAGGGAUGGUUUGUGUAUCAACAGAGAAAUGAAGUACAUAACAAUUGUGGCAUUGAAAUAUAUUACCAGACAGAUAUGCAGAGCACUUCUGAGAAUAUGUUUUUGGAGCUCUUUUGUCAAAUUAUCUCAGAACCAUGCUUCAAUACCCUGCGCACUAAGGAGCAAUUAGGUUACAUUGUGUUCAGUGGUCCUCGUCGGGCGAACGGCAUACAGGGUCUGCGAUUUAUUAUCCAAUCAGAAAAGCCACCACAUUAUUUAGAAAGCAGAGUUGAAGCAUUCUUAAAGACUAUGGAGAAAUGUAUAGAAGAUAUGACAGAAGAGGCCUUCCAAAAACACAUCCAAGCUUUAGCAAUUCGUCGUCUAGACAAACCAAAGAAGCUGUCUGCAGAGUGUGCUAAAUACUGGGGAGAAAUAAUUUCUCAGCAGUAUAACUUUGACAGAGAUAACAUUGAAGUUGCGUAUCUCAAGACCCUGACCAAGGAUGAUAUCAUACAGUUCUACAAGGUGUUGUUGGCAAUUGAUGCUCCCAGAAGACACAAGGUUUCAGUACAUGUCCUUGCAAGGGAAAUGGAUUCUUGCCCUGUUGUUGGAGAAUUUCCAUGCCAAAAUGAUGUGAACUUGGCACCAGCACCACCACUACCACAGCCAAGCGUGAUUGAAAAUAUGACAGAGUUCAAGCGCAGUCUGCCACUCUUUCCACUGGUGAAACCACAUAUCAAUUUCAUGGCUGCAAAACUGUGAAGAGCCCCAAUGGAUGAAGAAAUGCAAAUGAUCAGCACUGAUGUGGUUUCAGGGGACUUCAUGAUGAACAAAAUUAUUAAAGACUGUUAGGAUAAAUGGUUCUGUCCAUUAUGAAAGUCCCAAAUUCCUUCCUGGUUCAUUUGACGUUAGAUGUGUGUUAGGCAUAGAGAGUAUAGAAAAAUCAGUUGUGGUCAUGUGUCAUUUAUAUUACAGACAACCUGUUGAAAACCAAAAUCAACUGAAACAAUAAUAAUAGUAAUAAUGAAAAACAACUUGUAGAUGCAGUAUAUUUUUGAAAUAGUGCACCCCUUCAAACUUGAAUUUUGAUAAAAUAAGCUUCUGGAGCAAACAAUUGCUUGAAAUAUCCUCACUAUUCCUGAAAAACAAUCAACGUUUAGCAGCCCAAAAAUAAUCUGCCUAGGAACUGGAGGAGGGUGAGAAAAGAAUGGGAUGGGGUCAACAAUUUUUCUUAAAGUAGAGUUUCACAUUUUUUGAAGUGCUGAGUUGAAUGUGACUUUUUAAAAUUGAUCCUUAAUGCAAUCAACAUAACAUGUUUUCUAUUUAAGUUUGGUGAAAACCAGUGGAGGGGAAAAAAAGAGAAACUGAUAACAUAGUCAUAAGUGAGAGAAUUAUCUUAGAGAAAAUAACUGAAGAUAUGGACAUGAUUUUAAUCUUUAUAUAUAAAUUUGGGGACAUUUUAUAUUAAAACUUGUGAAAUGCUGGAAACACUUCAACAGUCCAACUUACGUUUGUUACCAAAAGCGUUGUCCUAGUCUUGUCUUGAUAAUAUCAAUAUCCUCUUCAGUUUUUCAGUGUUAUUCAGAAUUGUUUCCAUAUGAUGUAUAAGAUACUUAAUUUGGUGUCAUUUUUGUUUUCAGUUGUGCAUAGACUACAUGAGUUCUCCACCAGUACAAUUUGCCUUUCUUGUUAUUAGGUCUCAGUCAAGCACUUAGUAGUGCAAAUAACUUUAGACAUGAGUUAGCUCUUGACUGCGGAAUGAAUGAAUGUCAAAUAUGGGCCCUGUAAGGAAUCGGAUUCAUUAUUUCUAUGAUACAUCUCUGUGGGUGCUUUUUGUCCUUCAAAAAGGCAUUUGAGAUGGGGCAGUUCUGGCACAGCAAUACCGGGUUAGCAGAAGUCAUGGCAAUGGUGUGCAGUUCAGGUUGCAUCACAAAAUGUUCUUUCCUGUUCCUUUUGAGAAGGUUGUGUGAAACGAAAGGAUCAAGAAUUAUGCUGGAACAUUGUAUGGAUAUCCUGUGACUUAGUAAAAUGUUAAUACAGUGUCCAGUCUUCACCGAGUCUACUGCCUUCUGCAGUAGUCUUCCACUUGAAACAGCAAAUUAGGUUAAACUUCCUAAAUGGAAAAAGGGAACAUCUUACUAAGUUGCUUACAAGUUUAAUGCAUAAAAUUGAUUGUAGUUGUUCAGACAGGAUAGAAGAUGCAAAGCACUCAAGGUGUAAAAAUCUGUUCGUAAUGAGCCCUUGCUAUAUCAGAGGUGUUAGUGAGAGUUUGCUUCCUACUGCAACCUAAAGCUGAGGCUAUGAUAUUAAAUGUGUGUCAUGUAUGUGUACGUCAGAAUCCUGGAAUGUUCAAUAGGGAUGUUCUUGUCGUUGAGUCAGUGUUGUAGUGAUGCUGGCUUUGAAGGCAGUUAAAUGAAUGCUUGCCAGGGCAAGGGCUUUAAGUUUUCUUUAUUUGUGUGUGCACUAGCUGAAUAAAUAGAGUGCAUUUAAGUUGUUUGUAAGGCUAACAGGAUAUGUUUGAACAUCUCUUUAAUAAAUCCGAUGAUAGUAUGUGAUGUAACCUGUUGACAAGAAAGUCCACUAGCACUUUUUGUAGCCUGAGGUGAAAAAAAUCGGCUGUGGUAUAAGCAAAACCAAUACAGGUGUCUUUGUUCUCCAUGUUUUUCAUGGAUCCUCCACGUAAAAUGGACUUUUUAUUCUUACAUUUUGCUUUUGUUUAUAGUUUUCUUUUAGUGAAAAUCUAUAUGUAUUAUAUAUAUUAAAACUUAAGGCAACAUAUUAUAAAAAUAUAUAUUUUGGGAAUUAGUGGUAUUUGAACAUGCCACACUUUUGGUGAAUAAAAUCAAAUUGCUUCUGUGAAAACAAUAAUAAUAAUAAAAAUAUAUAUUAGUGGAAGUACUAUGAACUCUAACAAAUUAUAUGCAUAAAUUGGAAUGGCAGUGUACUUAACACAAGCUCACAAAUCACGUUUUCCACAGGAAAAAAUGUAGAAUUGUAAAGUUCUGUGACUGGAUGUGGAAACACAUGUAGUUUUCCAACAAUUCUUAACUGCUUUUAAGUGUUCUCCAGCAUUUUACAGUUUCUGAGUUUGAUAUAGCAGUAAAUUUUGAUAAACUCAGGCAUACUAAUGGGUUCAUCGUAAUGGAUCCAAAGCUGCAGUGUCUACAAGCAAUAAAAAACUACCUAGGAUACACUGUAAUUCAAUUUUAGUGCUUGUUAAUUAGUUUAUGUAAGAAACCAUAAAUUAUUAUUACAUAACUGUAAUUUUUGCAAGUGCUAUUUUAAGCAGUUGAUGUGGAAUUGGGUGCAUGUGACACAGCCAGUAUGACAGAGUGCUAGAGUUAUUCUGUUUACAAUAAACAAUCUGAAUUUAACAUUUGGCGUUCUUAAUUUCUUUUCUUUUUUUUUCCCAUUUCUUUCUUUUCUUUCUAUUUUUUUUUUUUAUUUUUUUCACAUACUGGUAAUGUUACAUCUCUCAUUUUUCAAUGUCUUUUACUGUACAUUAUGAUGCAGUUUUGCAGUUUCUUGGACUGGUUAGGCUGAAUAGAAUUGCUGGAGAACUGUUCUCAUUCACUUUUACGGUGUUUCAAAAGACUUCCCCAUGUCAUCCCACACCUCCAAGGCAGAUCACCUAUGUUGCUCUCUGAGUGUGAAGGCUUUAUAAUAUGAAGGUAAAAAUAUUUCCAUAAGACCAGAUUUUAAUAAUCAAAUCUGAAAUUGUAAAUACAGAGCAUCACUACAGCUACAUUUAAUCUUGGCUGGUGCAGAUUUACUUCAGAGUUGCUUUUGAGAUUCCACAUUCUUAGGUCAUCUCGUUUCAUGCACACCACAGGAUUACUUGCAGAAAGUUACAGAAUAAGUGUGACUGUUAGAAAAAUAAAUACUGUGAAGUCUGAAGAGAUGGGUUUUUUUUAAUCCUUGGCUUUGGCAAGAAGUGGCUGGUGAUUUCAUCACUGGAAUAAAAUGCUUGCAAACUACCUGGAAAAUUAUUAGUCCCUAAAACUUGAACUACACUGUUAUUGUUAGAGUACAAAUUGUUACAAAUCUUAAAACAUUGACUUUAUUAUCUUUUCUGAAAAAACAAAACCAAGCCAUCCAAAUAUAGCUAGACUGUCAUACUUAGCAAAAAAAAAACAACAAAAAAACAAACAAGAAAAAAACACCACCCAAACCAGCAAAUAAACCAAAAACUUGAGCUUUUUCAGACCAGUUGUUCAAGUGUGUUGACGUGAACAGCUCCUGCAUUCAUUUUAUUGCAUUCCCAAGUAAUCACAGUGUGUGGAGGUAUCAUUAUGUAGCUUUUGAACUUCAUUUAUUAUUUCUAGCUCCUGUUUUAACACAAGACCAGCAGGAUUCUAGUGUUUUCUCCCUGCCAUUCAGCUGGAUCUUAUGCUUUCCCUGUAGCUCUACUGUAAAGUGAAAAAUCCUUAUAUUCUGUCUUUAUCCAUACACUUUUCCAUGCUUUUUCAAUAACUGACCAUUGAACUUAUAUAGUUAACUACAGUUACAUCUGGAUCCUUUCCUUGAGCUGAUAGCUAAUUUGAUAUUCAAAUCCUAUUCUGAAAUACUUUGGGUUUUUUUGGUUUUUGUUUUCAUAUUAUAGCUGCAUGCUACACAGUACAGGACACAUCUUUACUGUUUUAAAGGAUGAAGAGCUUAGGCACCUUUCUGACCUGGUUGCCAAGAGAGGUUGUGGAUGCCCCAUCCAUGGAGGCAUUAAAGACCAGGCUCUGAGCAGUCUGGUCUGGUGGUUGGUGACCCUGCCCAUAGCAGGAAGGUUGAAACUAGAUGAUCAUUGUGGUCCUUUUCAACCCAGGCCACUCUAUGAUUCUAUGACCUUUCAUGUAGUUUAAAAAGAAGCCUAACCAGUAUAGAUUCUGCUGAAGCAUUUCAGAGUCUCCUUACUUUUCAAAAAUGCAAGUUAUAACAUAUGUUUAUGGUAGAAUUUAAUUUCAACAACAUGUGAAAUCUGAAUUUCAAAUGGAAAGAAGCAAGUGUGGUUAAGGCCAAAGACACAGUAAUAUGGGAAAUGUCAUAAUUAAACCCAUUUAAUUGAGCUCAAGCAUAUAAACAGAGUUUUAAGAUUUAAAACAUUCGACUGCUUAAAUUAAUAUUUUUCAGGCACCCCAGCAACGUGAACCAUCACUGAAAGUGAAGCGUUAAGGGAUGUAGACACCACUGUGCUGAGCAUUUGCUGCUGUUAACUUUUAGGAUCCCCUCUUUUGUCAUACAAUGCAAAAUUCAGAAUUAGAUUUCUUUACUAUUUAUGCAAGAUGUGGAAAGAGGUAUAAACCUCUCUGUAGACUUCAGGUUACUAUUAUGUUGAGUGAGGAACUAACCAGGAUAGGCAGUGGGAAACUCCUGCAGGAAGGAUCCAAGUUCAAAUCCUGCAUCUUUCUGAGGGUUUACCACCAUUCGGUGUGUAAAAGGUGGUUCAUUCUACUUCAUGUUUACAUUAUGGCUUUUCACAGCCUGCCCAGCAUCUCUUUCAAGAAGGGAGCAAGGAAUUGUGUUGCUUCUGUAGUGACAACCACUGUGUCAUGUAGGGCAUUACAGGCAGGUAAAUACUGGAGCAGCAACUGGAGCUCAGGGUCCCUUCUCUUCCACCUGUGCAUCAAAUGGGUGUCCCAUGGUAGGUGUGGACUCAAUGUGUACUCUGCCAAAAGAACAGUUGCAACAGAGGAAUCAGGGAGUUCCAGGCUGCACUGCUCGGCUCCUGGAAGGUGAGAAUGAUGGCCUAGAGAAAAUGGGCAUUGUUAAGGUUGAGUCAUCUCAGAGCAUGCAGGAAAAAAGGCGCUUUGGGAAAUCUGAUAGAGAAAAUCUGUGUGUGUACAAAUGUUAGCAACAGCUGAGUGUUGGCAUUAAAGAUAUGUUUUUGAUAUAUGCCUUUUAGUGGACACAGCUUUUGAGAAUAUGCCAUCUAGGUAUUGAAGUGAUGCACUUCACAGGGCAGUGUUGGAGUUGGUUAAAACACCAAAAAUAUGUAAACACUUGUGAGAAGUAAUGCUCACAAAUAUCUUCUUUGGUAUUUUAAAACUUGAUUGGGAAUGAAGUAAGUUUAGCAGGACAGGUUUCAGUCCAAAGGUUCAGCUUCAAGUUUCAACAUGUUUUUGCAUUUGUGAAUGUGUGUAAAGCAAAGGAGUCAAUAAGCUAUCAAAGGGGUUCAGUGCCUCCCACCUUUAUCUAUUUGUCAUUCUGGUAACUUUAAGCCUUCUGAUACUUGUAUUCCAAGCCUGCUGCAAUACUGCAAACAAAGCAUUUCUUAGGAACGCUUACUGCAAAUGACAUUCUGCGUUUCAACUAUGAGAUACCAGUACCAUUCACUCAUACAUAUCUGUUAAGGGUGAAGCUUCAGGAAUCUGAAAAUAUCAGUACAGGUAAUUCCCCAGUUCACAGAUUUGAUUGAUAUUUCCAGAUGAAAUUGUCUGCAGCAUUAGAAAUAUUUUAGGAAUGCAGGAAUCUGUACUUAUAACUGGAUCUGGCAUCUCCACAAGCUGAUUAUUUAGUUCCAAUGCUCCUUGUGUCAUCUUCUAAGGCAGAUGCCUGCAGUUCAUUGUGCAUUGUCAGGUCUGACCCAAGUGAGAGGACCAGGCUUUUCCCAUUGUCAUACCAGAUGCAAAUGUCAUCAGCGUCCCUUUAGCGGUGUUAUGCACUGAGUGCGGGCUGCAUGCAUGUUCUGGGAUGUUUUUCAUUACUCAAGUUCAUCUUCAAAUCAUGGCAAGCUCUAUCUGUAACAUGAUGUAAAGGUGGCAUCCACAGGAUGUCUUGGCCACAUGACUGCUAUCAAAGCUCAGCACAGUGGGAGACUUAACCAAGUAUUUCAGAAAUAAAUUGAAAACAGGUGCUACUCAACCAUAACAGGAGACUGACUGGCUGUCAUAUGCACAACAUGAUUUGAUUGCUGUAAGUAACCUAAUAAAAAUGUACCUUAUAUGCAGCCUUUUCCUGGAAGGCGUAUUUGAGUGGAAUAGCAUGUAGACUUUGUGUAACUUGAAGAAUACAUAUACAAAGAAUGCUUGUAGUUCUGAUUUUCUACUUGAAUUUAAAUGUCAAACAUCAUUAGUUUUAAGAUGUUAUGAAUGUUAAAAAUCAAAAGAUUGUAUUAAACUCAGUGUAUACAAAAUGUAUGAGUGAUCUUGGGUGCUUUCUCACAGUGAGCUACUCAAUACAAAUAAUGUUGAAAUGGAAGAUAAUGCAUAUAAGUUGAAAGCAGCUAGUUGCAUGGCAUUUUACUCUUCUUGUCUAAUGAUCAUGUCUAUCUGUCAUAUCAUUGUGCGUAGAUUAUAAAUUCCUGUGAAAAGGGUUUGUGUGUUAAUGUCUGUAAACUACCAAUGCACAAGUGUAUUGUUGAUCAUUUUUAUUAGGCCUUUUAAAUGUUGCAUAAUUAAGAGCUGAUAACUUUUUUCAGGACAACUUGCAGUGUCUGAACAGUCAAAGUUUCUUUGAGCUUUGUUAGCAACAGAACGAUAGGUAGCAGAAUCUCAUGAAUAUUAUGAACUACAUUUUCUACUAAAAAGACAGGAAAAAGAAAAAAAAAAAAAAAACAGAAGAAGAAAGCAAUUGAGAUAAUUUGGAGAUUAAACCCUAACGAAGAGCUCAAGCUAACCAGACAACUGGAGUAAAUGUGAUACCCUGUAGCAUUUUGAUAGUUAGUCCUAGAUCAAAAAAUAGGUAUAUUUUACAGUGAUUCUGGCAUAAAAACUGACAGGUCAUUUCAAAUAAUCUUAAAUAUUUUUUGAAAGCUUAAUAGGCCUGGAAUACUUUAAACAUUCAUUCUUUAAUCUGAGAUCCGGGUUUAGGGUUUCAGCCUUGUAUUGAACAGGUAUUAAAUAGAGUCCUAUCAUUUCGUACUUUGUUGGACCAGGCUUUAAUUUCGCAGUGAUCCUACAAAGCUCUUUUGUGGUAGAUAAGUAAAAGAUGCUCGAGCUCCUGCUGUUCUCCAGGAGCCACUGCACAUAAACCAUGAAGGUAAAUUUAAAACACAAGAUAUUGUUUAUCUAAAUUGGUAAAAAUCUAUAUUAGUUACAUCUAAUUAAUUAAAUAGCAUAGUUAAGUAGCACUGUAAGGGAAAGCACAGUCAGGAUCAGGAAGCUUAAAUAUUUUUACAUGUUCUGUUGGUCAUUCUGGGCUCAGUGAACAUGCCAGGGUGCCCUCAGAUGGUACCAGAGAUGUACUGGCACCAAUGUGUACAGUCCUGACAGACUGGUACUGCAGGAGGGGGAUUGCACGGCUGGGAGGCACGUAAUGAGGAUGGAGUUCAACCAACAAACAACAACAAUAAAAACACCCCACAGCCCUACAUUUGUAAUGUUGUUUUCUGGUUUUGAAAGUAGAUGAAUGGUAGAAGGCAUCAUCAGGAGAGAACAGUCCCAUCUUUGCUGACCCUUUGCAAUCUCAGAUGCUCUAUCCUUGAGCUACAUGGAAUUGUCUCCUUCAGACAGAUGUUUUCACUUAGUUUAACGCCAAAUGUUGCAACCUCUUUCUUGUUAGAAAUGAAGUUCCAUUGUAUCUGAACUGUUGCAGUACUUACAGCGUGCUACUUAGUGCCAUUUUCAACCGGUUUCCUGUACCCCAGGUAGGGGAUAGGCCUAUUUGAAAGUUAUUGUCACACCUAAUCUUGGGAUUGAGCAAAGCAGCAGAACUGGGUGUGUUAUUUAUGGCGGUGCAAGAGAGUAAACGACUGCAAAUCUGAAAUGCUGAUCCCUUGCUAGGUCUGUACAGCUGGCACUUGAUAUUUUUUUUUUAACGUAGAGAGCCAAGCAGAAGCAAUGUAAGUAACAGUAGGUAUUGAACUCUAUAGUGUUAUCUUUACAGUAUUAAGAGCAGGAUUGUAUGAUUUAACUUGCAGAGGAAUGUUCAGAUUCGUGCUGUAUCUUAACUAAUUACUUCCUGUUGUUUGGCCAGCUUGGGAUAAAGGAAGACCAGGCAAGGAAGAAUUAAAUGUUUAUGUUUUACCUCUUUCAAAGUGUAAAGAAAAUUUGCUAUGCAAGAAAACAAAUCAACUUUCAUAGUUUAAUUCUUAGCAUCAACUUUUUGUAGGUAGUUUUAUUUGUAAUGCAAAGUUUAAUUGCUUAGAAAAGUGUGCUUUAGAGCCCAAAUGUCAGCAUAAAGGAUUUGCCAUGAGGAGAAGCUUUCAUGGUGUCUUUCCUUCACACUGUAAUGGAAAUUCUUGGUGCUAUGAUACAACAUUUGCUGUUGUUCCCUAUAAUAAUGUGAAGAGUUGUGCAUCUCAUCCUUGUGCAUGGAAAUGAUUUUCUCCUUUCUGAUGGGGAAAAUCAUAUUUGUUUGACUCUUAAGGAUAAAAAACAUAAGGAGAACUUCAACUGCUUAACCUGGAAAAAACAAAUAAAUUACUUUUAAAACG